GAGGUUAAGCGCGCAGCUGGACGCGCCGUGCGGAGCUGAGCGCAGAGUUGCCCCGGGGCUAGGCAGCUGCUGGAUGGUGGUAUCUCUCCGGGACCGGCUGCUCCGCUAGCUUCGCCACCGCGGACAAGGCGAGCCCGGCCAGGCUGCCGGAGGAUCUGCCCCUUUGCUGGGUGUCCCUGAGCCGCGUCGUCUCUCCGAGCAGGCUACGGCCGAGCUCUCCUACCCUGCGGGCACCUCCCGGGCAGGACCAUGGGCAGCCGGGCGCUCGCAGGUGCCAUGCUGUGCGGGCUGCUGGCACCCACUCUCCUCCUCGCAGGAUCUAGUUCAGGGUCAAAAUUAAAAGGUCCUGAACUGAGUAUAAAAGGUGCACAGCACGUCAUUCAAGCAGGCCAGACCUUAAAUCUCACUUGCAGGGGGGAAAUGGUUCAUUCAUGGUCUCUGCCUGAAGCUCCAAGUCAGGAGAGCAAGAGGCUGAAAGUAAUUAAAUAUGCCUGUGGAAGGAAUGGCAAACAGUUCUGUAGUAGCCUGACCUUGAGCAGAGCUCAAGCGAAUGACACUGGAUACUAUCGCUGCAAAUAUGCAUCAUCAAGUGCUGUAAAGAAGAAGACAGAAUCUAUGGUCUAUAUAUUUAUUAAUGAUACAGGCAGUCCAUUUGUAGAGCUGCACAGCGACAUACCUAAAAUUAUACACAUGACUGAUGGAGGAGAGAUGAUCAUUCCAUGCAGAGUCACGGCACCAGACGUUGCUGUUACUUUAAAAAAGAUUCCACCAGAAACUCUCAUUCCUGAUGGGAAGACAAUAAUUUGGGAUAGCACGAAAGGCUUUAUAAUACCAAAGGCAACAUACAGAUUCAUAGGUCUCAUGAGCUGCGAGACAACCAUUGAUGGGCAUAAGUAUAGUACGAAAUACCUAACGCACCGACAAACCAACACAAUAUUUGAUGUCCAACUAAACACCCCAAACCUAGUCAAAUUGCUGAAAGGAGACACCUUGGCUGUUAACUGUACAGUUGCUGCAGCCUGGAACACAAGAGUUCAGAUGACAUGGAGUUACCCUGGUGAGGAAAAACACAGAGCAUCAAUAAUCAAUCGCAUUGGCCAAAGAACUACAGAUGCCAAUAUUUUCUACAGUAUUCUUGUUGUUGACAAAGUGCGUGAUAUUGAUAAAGGCCAAUAUACCUGCCAUGUGAAGAGUGGACCAUCGGUCAAAUCUGUUAACACAACAGUCCAUGUUUAUGAUAAAACAUUUAUUACUUUGAAACACCGAAGGAAAAGUGUUCUUGAGGCUGUAGCUGGCAGAAAAUCCUAUCGGCUGUCAAUGAAAGUGAAGGCAUUUCCCUCACCAGAGGUUGUAUGGUUGAAAGAUGGGUUGCCCGCUGCUGAAAAGUGUGCCCGCUAUAUGGUUAAAGACUAUUCAUUAAUCAUCAGAGAUGUUGCUGAAGAGGAUGCAGGGAAUUAUACUAUAACACUGAGUAUACGACAGUGGAACUUGUAUAAGAACCUAACAGUCACACUCAUUGUAAAUGUGAAACCCCAGAUUUAUGAAAAAGCAGUGUCAUCAUUUCCUGAUCCCAAUCUCUACCUACUGGGCAGCAAGCAAGUGCUGACUUGCACUGUUUAUGGUAUUCCUCAGCCUACAAUUACAUGGAUAUGGCAUCCUUGUAGACAAAAUCAUUCCAAAGCAAGGUAUGAAGUUUGCUUUAACACUGAGGGACCUUUCAUCUUGAAAAGUGGCAGCAGCAGAGGAAACAGAAUCCAGAGCAUCACUCAACACAUGGCAAUGAUAGAGGGGAAGAAUAAGACUGCCAGCAUUCUGACUGUAGCCGAAGCCAAAUCUUCUGGAAUCUACAGCUGCGUGGCUUCCAAUAAAGUAGGAAAUGCUGAAAGAAACAUUAGCUUUUAUGUAACAGAUGUGCCAAAUGGAUUUCAUAUUAAUUUGGAAAAAAUGCCCAUUGAAGGAGAGAACCUGAUAUUGUCCUGUUCAGUCAACAAAUUCCUGUACAAAGACAUUGCUUGGAUUUUGCCAAGAACAGUUAAUAAUCAAACAAAAGCAAAAAAGCACAUCAUUAAGGAAUACUCCACCACCCUCAUUCUCACCAUCAAGAAUGUUUCCCUGGAACACUCAGGGACCUACGCCUGCAGAGCAAGGAACAUAUACUCGGGGGAAGAAGUGCUUCAAAAGAAAGACGUUACGAUUAGAGCUCAGGAAGCACCAUCUCUCCUGCGCAACCUCAGUGAUCAGAUUGUGAACACCAGCAAUUCCGCUACUUUAGAAUGUCAGGCUCAAGGCAUCCCCGAGCCCCACAUAUCCUGGUUUAAAAACCACGAAGAAAUACAGCAAGAACCAGGAAUAAUUUUAGCAUCAGGAAGCAAAAUGCUGUUUAUUGAAAGAGUCAAAAAAGAGGAUGAAGGACUUUACCGAUGUAUAGCCACCAACCUAAAAGGAUCUGUGGAGAGUGCAGCUUAUGUCACCGUACAAGGAACAUCAGAGAGAUCAAACCUGGAGCUAAUAACUCUGACAUGUACCUGUGUGGCUGCUACGCUCUUCUGGCUCCUAUUAACACUCUUUAUACGCAAGCUAAAAAGGCCUUCUUCGUCUGAAAUAAAGACCAAUUACCUGUCAAUCAUAAUGGAUCCUGAUGAAGGUCCCUUAGAUGAACAAUGUGAACGUCUUCCAUUCGAUGCCAGCAAGUGGGAGUUUGCAAGGGAAAGGCUGAAACUAGGAAAGUCACUUGGAUGUGGGGCAUUUGGAAAAGUGGUAGAGGCAGCUGCUUUUGGAAUUAAAAAUUCCCCCACGUGCAGAAUAGUUGCUGUGAAAAUGCUGAAAGAAGGAGCCACAGCAAGUGAAUACAAAGCGCUGAUGACUGAGCUGAAAAUCCUGAUACACAUUGGGCAUCAUCUUAAUAUUGUAAACCUGCUAGGAGCUUGCACAAAAAAUGGUGGGCCUCUGAUGGUGAUUGUUGAAUACUGCAAAUACGGAAAUUUAUCAAACUACCUGAAAAGCAAGAGGAAUUUUUUCUUCCCCAACAAGGAUGCCUUGUUGCAAGUAGAACAGAUGAAGGAGAAAAAAGAUAUUGAGCUGGUGGAAAGCAAAAAACAAAGGUUGGCUAGUGUCACCAGCAGCGAGAGCUUAGCAAGCUCCGGAUUUCAGGAAGAUAAAAGUCUGAGUGAUGUGGAGGAGGAAGAGGAGGAUUCUGACGAAUUUUACAAAUGGCCCCUCACUAUGGAAGAUCUGAUUUCUUACAGUUUUCAGGUGGCUAGAGGCAUGGAGUUCUUGUCAUCCAGAAAGUGUAUUCAUCGUGAUCUGGCAGCCAGAAAUGUCCUUUUAUCUGAGAACAAUGUAGUGAAGAUCUGUGAUUUUGGCCUUGCAAGAGAUAUUUAUAAGAAUCCCGAUUAUGUGAGAAAAGGAGAUGCACGACUUCCCCUCAAGUGGAUGGCUCCAGAAUCCAUAUUUGAUAAGAUCUACAAUACGAAAAGUGAUGUGUGGUCUUAUGGGGUAUUGCUGUGGGAAAUAUUUUCCUUGGGUGCUUCUCCUUACCCAGGGGUGCAAAUAGAUGAGGACUUCUGCAGCAGAUUAAAAGAAGGCACCAGGAUGCGGGCCCCAGAAUAUGCAACAUCAGAAAUGUAUCAAAUCAUGUUAGACUGUUGGCUUGGGAACCCCAAUGAACGACCAAGAUUUUCUGAACUGGUGGAAAGGUUAGGGGAUCUGCUUCAAGCAAAUGUGCAACAGGAUGGCAAAGACUAUAUCCCUUUGAAUACAAUAUUUACAACAGAUAGCAGAUUUGCAUACUCAAGUCUCACCUCAAUCAACUCUAAUUUGAGUGAAGAUAUUUCAGUUCCAAAAUCAAACUGUGAAAACACUGAAAAUGUUGGAUACAUAAACACCUUCAAAAUGAAGCUACCUCAGAGGGUAAAUACCUUUGAAGAACUUUCGCCCAAGGAUACCUUUGUAUUUGAUGAUUAUCAGGCAGACAGUGGGAUGGUGCUGGCUUCAGAAGAACUGAAACACUUUACUUGGACAGAGAGCAAACAAAAGCAAACGCUUUUUGGUCUGAAAGCUGCCAGCAGGAGCAAGGAGUCCGUUCUUUCUGGAAUGACCAGGCUGAGUUUCUGCAGUUCCAGCUGUGGCCAUCUCAGUGAAGCUAGUUGGAGAUUUCCUUAUGGUAACAUAGUGCUGGAAAAAAUGAAAGUGUGCCGUUCUCCUCCUCCUGAUUACAAUUCACUGGGGUUUUAUUCCCCCCCACCUGUUUAAGAAGUUCUGUGCAAAGAUUCAGAUGCGUAUUUUAACCUGAACCAGCUUUUUCUAAACACUAUCAGUUCAAAAGCUUCUACCUGAAACAGCUGCAGUUUGUGUGAUUUUAAAAGCUUUCUCUCCGCCCGCCCGCCCGCCCCCAACCAGGAAUUGACAAACUCAGAUGACCUGCUUUUCUACAGAGGGCACAAAGUGUGAUGCGUGCAUUUAAAAUUAAGUAGGGCACCAGUGCUAAGGGCCUAGCUUUCUCAAGUACUGAAUCUCUGUAGCUCUCCUAACAGUUAAUGGGAGUGACAGGAGCUCUGUACCUUAGAUGACUGGUUCCCUAAUGUUCAUGUAGAAGACCCCACUUCAGUUUCUAGUCCCUUUCAAAGGAUGGGAGUCUUGUGGAAGCAGCAUGCCCUGCCCCACAGCAAGGGUGGUCUCCUGUCACUUAACAUAAUCCAUUCUCAAUUCAGAUUCAGGAACAGCUUUGAGAUCUGACAACAAGAAUACAAUGCCACUCUCCUCAGGCAAAAAAAAUCAGGGCAGUACAGUACCUUUAAUGCUGAGGGAGUCAACAGUGGGCAAGAAACUGUGCGCGAUCGUCAAGGUUACACUGCAAAACCAUUGGAAUCUGGGCCAAGUGGACUGAGCAGUAGUGAGGGGAAAGCAAGUGGGAGAAAACAAGUCUACCUGUGUGGGAGUGGGAGAAAGGGUGGAGGUGAGGAGAAAGGGCCCACUUCCUGGAGCUCAGGAUGUACAGCCUCUGCUUAUAGAAGUUUGAGGGAGGAUUAAUGCCUUGAUGAGCAUGGCAUUCUGGUAGAUCAGGGCUUAGAUUUAAUCCAUUCUUAGACCAUAAGAGAUCUGAAGGCCUCCCUCGACCCAGGAAUUUUUACACACACCACAAAAUGCAGUUGUCAAGAAUACAUAAAAAUGAAAAAUCUGGGACUGAAAUAAUGAAAAUUACAGAUUAAAUAGAAGCUUUAUCAAGCUUGAUGGGGCACUAGUUCAAGCAAAUCUUCUUGAAGGUUGCACUUUGUCUCCCCAAGAAUGUGCACUGGAAAUUAUUUUAACUAGAGAUAAUUUAAGCCAAGUUUUGUCUACACUACCUACUGGACCGUCUGACAUAUUGUACUGAUUGCUGACUGAUUCCCUUAACUAACAAUAUGCCAGGAUGGCCAACAAGCUCUGCAUGUUGCUAAAUUGAACAAAUGUUUAUUAGAUGCCUUGCAAGGGUUCCUAACCUGUAACUCACCAUAUAAUCCUUUGGGAAGCUAUGGUGACUCUUCUAUACAUGCACAGUUGACUUUCAAAUUUACUUAACAGUGCUGGUGUACAGCAGCAAAAGUAUUUAUGUUAGUAAUUUGCACCAGACAUUAUGUAUAUUGACUGUGAAGAGAAACAGAUGGUCUUAGUUUUAAAAGCUGUAAAGAUGCUCUAUCCCCCUUCAUCUUUGUAUGCAAUAUUAAUGUAAAAAGGACCUUCGAUAAAGCUUACCCUAUUAAAGGUUGGGAGGAGAAAAUCCCCUUCCCUCAAUUUGAGGAAAAGCAGCCAUGUAUAGAGCCCUAGAGUGAGCUGUGUGCAGUAGGCUAUUGAAGAAUGCUCUGGAUACACGUCAGCUGGCAUCCAUCCUAACUCAGGGGACCAUUAAUUCUAACUAUGACCCAUUUGCUUGGUCUCUUACCGGUGGAGCAGAAUUUAUCUUGAGCCAUACCUAUGGGUGAUCCACAAAAUGUUUUCCCCCUUUCAAUCCACCCAAAAUAAUUAUUCAGGGAUAGUGCAUCUUUAGAGGAGUGUGUUGCACACUGUACAUUUAUAAGUAUGCUUUUUGUGCAUAAAUAUUUAAGAAAACUGGAAUAUUAAGAUUACUUUUAUAUGAACUUUACUAAAAAUGUUUUUUGAUGUGAAUAACUCACACUUACGUCUUACAUUUAUCUUUUUAUAUCAAAUGUAUUUUAAUUGCUAAAUUCACAUAAUAAACAAGUUCUGAAUUUUGCUUGGUUAAUUAACUGAAUACAUGGGUCAAAGCUUCCUGGAAAAGACAUCUUUUAUCAUUAGGCACAACAAUUUAGACAUCUCUGUGGAGAUAGUGCCUCAGAUUUGCUCACAGCUGAGUGGUCACAUGGGAAGACACAGUCACUGCCUGUAGGAGUUCACAGGUUUGCAAGGCAAAAAGCAGAUUUAUGGGGAGGGUGAUGGACACAUGCAGUGUUCCUAAUGUUUUGUGUGAAUAAAGUGAAAUGCAUUGAAUAUAUUGACUCUGACUGAUUACCUAUAUCUAGUUAGAGGCCCAGUGGAGCUCUUUGCUCGUACAAGAAUGGCAAGCUCUCUCCUUUUUCCUUGUCUCCCACAAAGCAGUGGAAGCCCCUUGCAUCUGGGGGAAGGGAAGGACAAUGAUGGCUGCUCUUCAUAGCAUCAUCCCUCUCUGCAUGCAAGGAUUCCAAGUAUCAGGUUAGUGCUGAUCUAACAUCACCAGUAGCGUGGUGUCCAUGCAUUGCUUGCCUCAGAAUUCCUUUCCAUAAGAACAUGAAAGACCUGAAUAUGACUUCCUGACUACAUGGCAUCCUCCACAUGGCAUGACCUCGCAUUCACUGUACAUGUGAGGCCACACCUUGCAUGCAAGUGUAGAAUUGCAUGCCUUACUAAAAAUGUCAUGACAUGCUUCUGCUUCUUUGCCCAUGACUUAGUGAACCCAUGUGCGGAGUGGUGGAUUGGCAGCAGCCAGUGGGAGGCCAUAGCAGCACAGCAUAAACGGCAUCCUGUGACAUGGUCUGAGAAGUAGUGCUAAGGCAAAUGGCGGGUCUCAAGAGAGCUAUAGUUCUAAGCGUCUGAUGCCUCUCCUUCUUGUUAUUGGCUUCAAGUAGAACUUCACCUCACUGCAUCUGAUUCAGUUUCUGCUGAGGCUUCUCCAAUUUAUAGCCAUAUUACAGAUUCAGUGGGACAGACAGGUAGGGAGGGAAAUUGGCAGACUUCGUCACCAGAUGAGCUGGAACUCUGAUGCAACCAGCAG